AUGUCCAAGCCAUUAACUGAAGCGGAUAUUAUAUUUCCGCAUCUCUCCAACACACCAAACUUAUCAAACACCCUCUCAUCGUUACGCCGUUCAACGCUCUCAACACACAACCGGCUCGCUUCAAUCAUAUCCGACAGUGCUUUUGUCGAAUCUGUUGCAUCAGCCUAUGAGCUUCCCUUGGUAGCCAAUGAGCGCUGUGGUAGUUGGUACAUUCCGCCAUCUUUGAAGUCCGGAUCCGUCUACUUUAAAAGUACAGACGGUCACAUGGGCGAAUGGAGUUUCAGUCUGCGAAGGCUGAAUUUACAAUUGCUCGAUGUGGUAGAGAAAUGGGGCGGUGCAGUUGUAGUGGAUAGUACGAGGAGGGGGAAGAGUAUGCCGGAUGCAUUGAGCAAGACUAUCCCAACGUGGUGUUGCGUGAUGAAUCGGGCGGUGUUUGGUGUGGAGAAUGCAAAAGAAGAGACGAGGCUUUUUACACCACCGCAAGCUGUGGGGGAGAGCGAGCAUGCGCAGAUGGAGAAGAGAAUUGAUGGGUUUGUACAGCAAUUUUUGGACAUUUGCAAACCCAACAUCCCACUUCUCCGUAGUAAGCUGAAAAAGCCACUCCGCCCCAUAUGGAUAACACAGAAAUCUUCUCUUCCGGAUUCAGCUCCUUCUUUUUCGGAUUUCCAUCCCAUAGUCCUCUGCACAGCGUCACGGCGUGUCCAUGGCGCCGAGGCAUCAGAAAGCGGAUAUAUCCAGGGUGCUGCAGACGACCACGAGGCGUGGUCACACGGACUUACGCCGCCACUUUUCUGGAAAAACAGGGAUAUGCUGAUGAGAAUGAAUGAAGAGGAUGCUCCAGAGAUCAUUGCAAAGCUCAUCAAGGAACAAAAGGGCAGUGGCGCAGCUGCAAGCUUGAUCAAGCCUACAUCACAGCUAUAUAUCUCAUCCAGCGAAGACAUACAAUUGGCAGGUUUUGAAACUGUAGUCAGCUGCACACCAGAGCCAUUUGCAUCUACUACACUCAAAGAUGCGGGAGUAAGACACUACCUUCAUCUGAAAUGUCAGAACGGCAAGCUGGGGUCACGCGACCUUCGCACUCAGCUUCCUCAGCUUGUUCCGUUCUUCUCUUUUCUCCAAACUCCCGAAACACAAAGCAAAAUACUAUUAUGCUGUCCCACAGGCAAAGAUCUCUCCGUUGGAGCUGCCCUAGCGAUAUUAUGUCUUUACACAGACGAAAGCGGAGCAAUCGAUACAGGAAAAGCGAAAGAAGCCAAGAACAUGAAUAAAUCGUUCAUCAAGCAGAGACUAAGCUGGAUCACCACGAGCAACGCAGCCUUGAAUCCAAGUCGAGCAACACUUCAAAGCGUCAACGCCAUGCUACUCUCCAGCCAAGACCCAAAAGCCUCUCUCCCCACACAACCAACAGCGACCCUUCCAAUCCGCGAAACCCGACCAUUACCCUCCGAACCCACAAACCCAACACCUCAAGACCCAGCUCCUAGAUCCCGACUCUCCAGCCCUAGAUCCAUCUUCACCAACCUCGCCACCACCUCGACCUGGAACUUCACCCGCAACCUCACCUCCAAGCUCCCCAGCCACCCUUCCGGUACCGUCACCGGCACCGCGACAUUCACCCCCAUGCCCCACUCAUCUUCUAUCCCGCUACCAACCCUGCUCUACGCCGAAGAAGGCACAUUCAGCACAACCACCGGUCUCAGUUUUACCGCGCGCAGAAAAUACGUGUAUCAAUUGUGUCCUGGUGCUGAGCCGGCAGACACAGAGUUCAUCGCUGUACGCUUUUUCGAUGACGACAAGAUGCGUGAGGCGAGGCAGGAGGGCGGUGUUGGAAGUGAUGGGCAGGGGAUUGGGGGGUUGUUUGUUGAGAUGGGGGAACUGCAAGCGGGCGAGGAAGAGGAAGCGGUUAGAGCGAAGAAUAGGGAGACGCAUCUUUGUGGGAGGGAUUUGUAUGCUGCGACUUGGGCUUUUGCGAGGAAUAUGACGGUAGAGGGAGGGGAGGUAUGGUGGGAGGUCGAGUACGAAGUCAAGGGGCCGCAGAAGGAUUAUACAAGUUCGACGAGGUAUACGCGGGUGGUGGAGUAG